AUGGAUGGUGUAAAAGAAAUGAUAAUGUACGUGGUCGUUCCGGUUCAGGAAUUGGGGUUGGGCAAGUCGACACCGAGUGAAACUACUGCUCAACAACCUACUAACGAGGAUGGACACGACCUACUCGAUACAAUGAGUCAUGCUGCUGAAGAUGACACCCCUAUGUUGAAGAGAAGGUCGCGGACAGCCAUGAUCACGCCAACUUCGAAGGCGAAGUGGGAUGAAGAUGAGGGUGGGGUUGCUGGUCCAGCAGGGUCGUGCUGGGCGAGCGCCGGCACCGUCGCGAUUAGAUCUCCCGCUACAGGCACUACUAAGGCUGGAACGUCUGCGGUGAGGAAGAAAGCGGGUUCAACGACGAAUAUGAAAGCUGUUCCCAUGAGUUCUGAGGUGGGGAAUGAAGACGUCAGGAAAGGACAUAUCUUGGAACAUGGCGACUAUCAAAACAACAACUCGCACGAGGCGGUCUACUACGGCGGGCACGAAGCCGAAGGAGGAAUGUACUGGUGCAAAGACCAGGACUACGAAAGCAAUCGAUCCAGGAGGUAA